AUUCCCUAAAAGUUCGGAAGAACCUAAACAAGUAAGACGCACAACGUAAAUAAUCUUAGAAUUUUAUUUAGUAAUUUUGAUUUAUUUUAAUACAGAAGUAUAGUGAAUUUGUGUGCCUUCAAAUUGAAAAAAAAUGAUGUCAAUAUUUAGAAAUUUACCUCGUCAAAAUUUACUGAAAGGCAGAAUACAUCUAGCACGUCCAAUAGACUAUUUGAGAUGCCUCUCCGGGAGUAGUACGACGUACGAAUUAUUCGGCAAAAGUAAUAAGGAUAAAUUAUCUAUCAAUAAGACUACGAGAAUUCAGCUUAAUGCACAAUAUUCGACGCACACCUCAACUUAUGCUGCUAAGAAAGAAGAAUUUUUGUCGUAUUAUCCAGAUAUUCUGGAGGAACUAAAGGAAAAGAUAAGUUUAUAUGAUUCUGAAGCGGCAGAGCAUUACAUACGUGUAUUGCAGUACAAUGUUCCAGGAUAUGAAAUGUUUCGAGGAAUUUCAACAAUUCAUGCUUACAAGUUGGUAGCCCCUAAAGCUGCUCUUACAGAGAAGAAUAUUAAAUUAUCUAUAUAUCUGGGAUGGUGCUUCCAAUUGUAUGAAGGCAUGUUCAACAUUUUCGAUGAUAUAAUGGAUGGGAGUAUUACCAGAAGUGGACGAACUUGUUGGUAUAAAUUGCCUGAUAUCCAGAUGUCAGGCAUUAAUGAUGGACUUCUAAUUGAAUCGGCAAUUUUCCAAAUCCUAAAGGAACAUUUUAGUCACUUGGACUGCUACACAAAUCUUAUGGAAUAUUUCCAUGAAUACUUCCUGAUCAGUGCACUGGGUCAGUAUUUGGACAACAAAGCAAUGAGAGAGAAUGUCUUGAGCCUUACAAUGGAGAAAUAUAAGUCAAUAGUGGCGCACAAGGCAAACUAUUGCUACUACAUGCCGAUUACAGCUGCUUUUCAUUUGGCCGGAUACACUAAUCCGGAAAUCUUCAAUCAUGCAAAAGCCAUCCUCUUUGAACUAGGAUACUUUACACAGGUUCAGAAUGACUUUUACGAUUGUUUUGGUGAUCCAAACCACCUUGGGAAGAUUGGUACGGAUAUUCAAGAGGGGAAGUCUACCUGGUUGAUUGCAAAGUGCCUCCAGAGAGCCACAGAUGUCCAGAAAGAAGUUCUGGAAGAGUGUUAUGGGAAGAAUGAUCCCGAGUGUAUCCGACGAGUUAAGCAAAUCUAUGAACAACUUUCCAUCCCGGAUCUGUAUGCUACCUUUGAAAAGGACACCUACAACAAUAUUAUGAUGCUUAUCGAGAAAACUUCCGGAAUUCCCGCAGAAGUUUAUCUGGAGACCGUGAGGGAAUUGUUUACAAGAGGAAAGUAAACCUCAGGGGAAAGUGAAAACUGUCUCAAGUCGCUAGCUAAAUAUUUGCCACAGACAAUUUUGUAAACUACCAAGAAAUAUAGUUGAAUUUUGGACAAAAAUUUAGCGAAAUACGUAAAUAUUUAAAGAUUGAAGUAGAUUUUAAUAAGUUUAAGAAAAGUGAAUAAACAAAUAAACAUACCUCGAAA